UAGGCAGGAUUGCAGAGUUCUAGGCCUGGAGUGCCAAGUGCCAUAUGGGAGCUGCAAACAUUUUCCACUUGCACUACCAUGGAAGAGACUUUCCAGUUAUUCUGCACUGCUGUGGAGAAAGGUGGAGCUACGUGCUGUCACGUUCCUCAUGGUGGCUCUGCCCUGCCCACUCCUCCAACAUAUGGCAUGGUUAGGGCGGGUUCGUCGACGCGCACAGGCAGCCGCUCCGCCUCCAAGGCGUUGUGGAAGAAAGGAUCACACAGUAAGGAGACUGCACUAAGAGGCGAUAAACAAUCAUCCAAUGUAUGUAUUUUAUCACCACAGGACUCGCCGGUGAAGCUUGUGCGUAACGGGAUUUCAGGGCUGGGGCUUGUGUUAAUGCGCCGCCCCGGUUGUGCGCGCAGGAGCGACGCGCAGCGCGUCAAAGAAAUCAGAUUGAGGGCGACUUGUGUUUACACAGGAGCCAUCCACAGCCACGUUUUAGCAAGCAAGCAAGCUGUGCUGGGACAGUACAGUGCAGGACUGUUCAGCUUCUGACUCGCUGCCCAUGCAAACAGUGGAGGGACAGAGCAGGGCAGGGGCGCAAGGCACAAACGCACAUCAGAAGUGAAUUUCCUUGAAAUCCUUGAAGGAAAACGAGAUUAAAAAAAAAAAAAAGUGGUUUGGAGAACAUGGAGUGUAGCAGCUGAUCGACAGGGCGAGCACAUGUUGUGCACGUAGCUAAUCGCCUCAUUGGAGCAACUUUCACUGUGGAUGUGGGCAUGGAAAGUGUUGCAAAGUAACGCGCAACUUCCACCCGGGGGAUGGUUCAUCGGCACCGUUUGAUUUCAGAGUCAUUUUUUUAAGUCCCACAUCAACAUGGAGAGCCAGGAUGAGAGGGAGAGCAGCCCUCCGAAGUCAGACAGGAGGUUCGCCCUCACUUACAUCGGCUGGUCCACGCUGGACAGGCGGACCACCCUGCCCAUGCUGCCGUGGCUGGUGGCCGAAAUCCGCAGGAGGAGCGAGAGAGGCGACUGCGGCCCCGCGGUGCAGCCGAGAGAGGUCCAGCUGGUCCUCAACCCUCCCUUCAUCCGCUGCGUGCCCUGCAGCAGCAACAACUCCUCCGUGUUCAUCUUCGAGCACAAAGCGCAGCUCAUCUCCCGCUUCAUCCACAACAGCAACGACCUCACGUACUUCGCCUAUCUGCUGCGGGGACAGCCGGACAACCCCGAGUCCGAGAUGUCCUGUCACGUCUUCAAGGCCGGCGACCCCAACCAGGUCCCCGAGGUGAUCAGCAGCAUUCGCCAAGUGUCCAAAUCAGCCCUGAAGGAAGACGCCAAGCCCAGACAGGAAGCUGACGAGGCCUUCUACAACUCCCAGAAGUUUGAAGUGCUUUACUGUGGCAAGGUGACAGUCCUGCACAAAAAGGCUCCAUCCACCCUCAUCGAUGACUGCAUUGAUAAGUUUCAUCAGCACGAGGUCGAGCGUAAGCGCCUGCGCCUGCUCAACGGCCAGCGAGGGUCCACAGAAAGUCCCCCUGUGGAGUUCGUCGUGGGGGCAGAAGGAGACCCACUGUCCGCUGUCCUGACUAAGAGUAUAGAAGAGCCUGGAGAGGGCCCCGGAGUGGAGGACAUGAGCGGAGUUAAAGGCCUGUCUAGCAGCACCAGUCAGAGCAGCCUCCGCGGAGCGUUCCCCGAGUGCAUCCUGGAGGAUUCUGGAUUCGAGGAGCCUCAAGAGUUUCGUACGCGCUGCAGCAGCAUGGCAGGGGGCAUGCAGAGGAAGCCGGGGGAAGGCAUGAUGAUAGGCCCCACGCGUCGACGACACUCCAGUGCACCGAAUCAUGUUCAGCCAUCCGACGCGGACAAAAACCGCACCAUGCUCUUCCAGGUCGGCCGUUUUGAAGUGAACCUCAUAAGUCCCGACAGUAAAACUGUGGUGCUGGAGAAGAACUUUAAAGAUAUCUCAUCGUGCUGUCAGGGUAUCAAGCAGUCCGACCACUUUGGAUUCAUCUGUCGGGACCCGGCAGAAUCCGGCCCCAGUCAAUAUGUGUGCUAUGUUUUCCAGUGUGCCAGUGAAUCUCUGGUGGAUGAGGUGAUGCUGACCCUGAAGCAGGCCUUCACCACGGCAGCAGCCUUACAGAGCAACAAGACCCAGAUCCAGCUAUGUGAAGCCUGCCCCAUGCACGACCUCCACAAGCUCUGCGAGCGGAUUGAAGGUCUCUAUCCACCCAGAGCAAAGCUAGCCAUCCAAAAAUAUCUCUCCCAGCUGACUGAUAAUGAGCAGGUGGAGAUUUUCGAGCGGGUUCAGAGAUCGAAGCCCGGCUCAGACCAAGAGGAGAACGAGCUGGUGAUUCUCCACCUCAGACAGCUCUGUGAAACCAAACAAAGGUCCCACCUCCACAUCGGAGAGGCCCCUCAGAAUGCAGCAAACAGCUCAUCAUCAGGAGACGGCGCAGGCACCAGCAGCCGCUUCAAACUCGAUAUUCUCAAGAACAAAGCUCGCACCUCGCUCACCAGCUCUCUGGAGAACAUCUUUGCACGGGGUGCCAGUCGUAUGCGGGGCCGCUUGGGAAGCAUGGGAAGCAUUAGCAGUUUCGAGAGGCAGGAUGAAGAAUCUCCUGGUCACUCCCCUCCGGGCUCCCCUCCCGCUUUCCCCGACGAUGACCCGGAAGCUGGACUGCAGUUCCGCCGGCGUGCACACACCUUCAGCCAUCCACCUGUGAAGAAACGCAUCUCGUUCGAGGGACAGCCGAGCAGCCAGAGCAGACAGGCUCCGCUGCGCAGGCAGCAGUCCGUUAACCCGGAGCUCCUGCAGAGCAGUCCCGUGGCCGUCUCGAGAACGCGCAGCGUUUCGGAGAGUGAGUCCUCCUUCAGCCUCCCCUCCUCCUUCUCCGCUCCCACUUUCCUGAAAAGCAUUUACCAGGGCUCACUGGGCUCCCUGAGCUCCCUGGCAGACAGUGGGAGCCUCAAGAGCAAUGGGGAAGGCAGGAAGAGGACCCUGUCCGGCUGCAGCAGCGACUCAGUGAGCGGAGGUCUCCCUCCGACCCCACGCAGGGUCUCCUGGAGACAGAAGAUCUUCCUGAGGGUCGCCUCGCCCAUGAACAAACCGUCUGCAGCCAUGCAGGACCCAGACCACUCUGACGGCAGGGAGCUGUUGCCUCUCUCCCCUCACGCCUUGGACCCGAGUCUGGAUCCUUUGGGCCGCCUGCUGCCACCGGGUGAGAGACCUAAGAAGACGAGGGCCGACUACCGGGCCCUCUGGAAGACCGCCAUCCAUCAGCAGAUCCUGCUGCUGCGCAUGGAAAAGGAGAACCAGAGACUGGAGGAAGCGAGCAGAGACGAGCUGCACAUCCGCAAGAUGAAGCUGAACUACCAAGAAGUGGGCCAGUGCUCCAAAGAUGCGCAGGCAUUGUGGGAGAGAAAACUGACAGCCCCGGGCAGGAUGACAGUCCCACAAGACAAGGAGGAGAUGUAUCGUGCACUCUGCCAAGGUGUUCCCAAGAGCAGGCGCGGGGAGGUGUGGCUGCUGCUUUCCCAUCAGCACCGGCUGCGUCACAGACUGCCCCAGCGUCAGCACGCCCCGGACACCGCCUACCACGACCUGCUCAAGCAGCUCACCGCACAGCAGCACGCCAUUCUGGUGGAUCUAGGCCGGACCUUCCCCACCCACCAGUACUUCUCAGCCCAGCUCGGCGCGGGGCAGCUUUCCCUCUACAACCUGCUGAAGGCCUACUCUCUGCUGGACACAGAGGUCGGCUACUGCCAAGGAAUCAGCUUCGUGGCCGGAGUGCUGCUGCUGCACAUGAGCGAGGAACAGGCCUUCGACAUGCUCAAGUACCUCAUGUAUGACCUCGGCAUCAGGCAGCAGUACAGACCCGACAUGGUCUCUCUGCAGAUUCAGAUGUACCAGCUCUCCAGGCUGUUGCACGACUACCACCGCGAGUUGUACAAUCACCUCGAGGAGCACGAGAUCUGCCCGAGCCUCUACGCCGCGCCGUGGUUCCUCACUCUCUUCGCCUCGCAGUUCCCUCUCAGCUUUGUGUCCCGCAUCUUUGAUUUUGUGUUUGUCCAAGGCACCGGCGUGAUCUUUAAAGUGGCCCUGUGUCUGCUGAGCAGCCAUGAGGGGGAGAUAGUGGAGUGUGACAGCUUUGAGAGCAUCGUGGACUAUCUGAAAACUACACUUCCUGCACUCACGCACACACAGAUGGAGGAGACCAUUGCAAAGGUAAUGGAGAUGGACAUCUCCAAACAGCUGCACGCGUACGAGGUGGAGUACCACGUCCUGCAGGACGAGAUGUUAGACGCCGGGCCGCUGCCUGACGACUCCGAGCGGCUCGACAAACUCGAAAAGACGAACGUACAGUUGAAGAAACAGAACAUGGACCUGCUGGAAAAACUUCAGGCCGCACGUCAGAAGAUCCAGACGCUGGAGACGAGCGUCGAGAACUUCCUUUCUCGGGAGAGCAAAAUGAAGCACAUGAUCCGCUCUCUGGAGCAGGAGAGGGCAGCUUACCAGAAGACCAUCGAACGCAUGCGCUCAUGCCUUCCCCCUGACGCCCUGACAGAUGUGGAGAUGACCCAGAUCAAAACAGGACCCAACGGGAAAGCCAAAACUGCAGCCAAGAAGCCCUGAUGGCAAACCAGGGCGGGGUGGUGGGGGGGUGCUGGCUGCUCUGGGCAGACGCACACUGAAGUGAACAAAUGGAGAACGCUUCAGUUGGAAGUGCUGCUGAGAGACCCACAGCUAUUGUUGUACCGCUGCAGAGUAGCAGCAUUUUCAGUAAGAUUAUGUGUGUGAUGUCUGGACUCUAUGGGAGAAAUAUCUACGUGAUAUCUGUCAGCGUUCGACAGAGGAUGGUUUCAGUUAUAUUAGCAAACAGUCGGUGCAUCAAAGCUGCUGCCGGGGCUAAAGGUGAGAUCAAGACGCACAACAUCCUUCCCUAUCGAGACCUUUUUGUUAAUCACAGGGGGAUUUUUUUUUUUUAUAGAUUGACGUGAGUGAGAAACGUGUCUGCCUCUGCACUGCCUUGAUGUAUUUACUACCAUUCAGCAGUGAGCAGAAGAAGAAACAGUCCUUUUGAACCUCAGGUUCAACUUAUAGCCAUUACCAGUGUAUAUGAUCAUGUUGUGUUUCUGAACUCUGUGUCUCACAGCGAUCACUUCUUAUUCACUUGAAAUAUCUGCGAAUGUAACGUCCCUCCAAAGAUCACCGUUAAAAAGAAACGCACGCCUUUCGUCCUCAAACAUCGGGCUUUAAGUUUUCAGCGGUAUCUCGUCCUGUCGUGUCGUGUCGUAUCUCAGUUGCUCAUCUCUCAGCACGCCACCGCUGCCUUUCACGUGAGAGAGAGAGAGAGAUCUUAAGUAAUUGCACUCGCUGCUAAGGAGGAAGUGUUUCUUCCAAAAAGCUCAGGCAGGAUGUGAGGUCGUCUGCCUUCUCAGUUUCCUGUGUGACUGACCGCGGUGUCACCUCGUUUUUUCUUUAGUUUUUUUUUUCUGUAAGUGCUGCAUUCAGACGCUGAAGCUGAACAAGACAGAGUUGGUGUGAUCUGAACGUGCAGCACGUGCCUCUCUUCUAAAAAAAGGAUGUUGUUUGUUUGACAAAUCUGGCAACACGAUCUCUUCCUGUAGUUCUUGGAAGGUGAGGACUACAAGUAGCUAGCCAUGCAACACGUCUGCAGCUGCAUUGCUGUCGGGUCACGCAAGAAGAGCUCAGUUUCCUUUUGAGUGUGGACGAGUCGCUCCUCAGAUAUAGACAGUAUCUGUACACACACACUCGCAUAGACAUAAGCUGAGCAGUGAUCUUGGCUGACUGCAUGGGCAGACAGUUCAAAUGAGUUGAAAGAGUGUCCCUGUCUCUCUCUCUCUCUCUCUCUCUUUGGUUUUGUUUUAUCCCACCUCCGUGUCUGACUCACCAUUGCCAGCUCUGAUUGAAAGCAAAACAGUCCUGGGCUUGACUCUGCAAAAAAAAAAAAAAAACAUCCUUACAUUAGAACCAAGGGUGAUGUCUAUGAUGAAAGAAAAAGUACUUACUAAAAGCGUCUAUCAGUCUUCCUGUCCUUGGUGACACAAGUUGUGGCGACACCUUUUGUGUCUAUUUCAGUGCAAAGUUUUUAUUCUGAAACUUUAGCCGACGUAUCCUUCGGCAUACGACGCGGUAUGUUUAUGUUUUAGCACAUAACCAGAGCACUUGCACGGUGAUUCACUUCAAGUUUUAAAGAAGGUGACUCUGCACCAGACGUCUCAUAAACAAGAAGAAACAGUCAUCUGAGAGCUGGAAGUGAAACAUAUCGUACAUGACAGCUUCCCUCUUUAUCUACAGUAUUUGUCCGUCAUAUAAAUUGAACUUUGAACCAAAGAUGUGGUUGCUUUUUAAAGAGAGAAAAAAAACAAAAAAACGAAUGAAUGCAAAGUGAAUGAAUUCUUCCGAAAAUGCUGUGAUUAGUAUUGUUCAUUAAAUGUCCUGAUUUUUAUCGUCACUACACGUUUUCAGCGUUCUUCAGGUUUGCACUAAAAGCUUGAAAAGAUACCAAAUAUCGGCAGCGGAAACUUUGACACACUAAAGAAGAAGAAAAACUACCACUGGCAGACGUGUUCACUCGUCGUGUUAUUCCUUUGUGCCAAAAAAAAGUUAAUGAUGGCCUUUAACUCUCCGUUAAUCGGAGACGAGACCAUUGUGUCGAUAUCCUCGUGGUCAGGGACGGGUCUUUAAUUUUCCAUCCGGUGCUCUCAGUCCUGACUGCUAAAUAAUACUUGUAUCACUGUGUUUUUAAAAAAAACACUCGACUAAUGAAUGGAUUGUUUUCCUGUCAACACGAGGGCUACACACACACACACACAAGCAAAUAUACUGUCAUGAAUUCUUCAAUAAACUUCACCUUGCCUUGUU